CGAUUUAUAGAAAAAUCGUGAUCUGCGGAUAGUGGAAGGAACGCGUGUAACGUGCAAGACGUCGAUCGUUAUCCUCGAAAUCUGAACUCGGAUUUGACUUCUUAAAUCGAUGUCAGGACCGUUUGACCUUACACAAAAGUCCGGGAACUAAUGGCCUCGUGACACUCUAACUUUGACGGCCGAUCGUCGAGUUCCAGGUUCAUUCGAGCGUCUCGCGAAUUUGCAUGCAUCGUUACUGUUGUUACUCGAUCAUGUGACAAGUUAUCAAGUGGAAUUAGCGGACUCGUCCGAUAAAAGUCGUCGAGAUACCGGGAUCCGUACGCGGUAUCUCGAUAAACAAAGAAAUUCUUCCCUCGCAGUGUCGAUCGUCGUUCCGACGCGACUUGUCUGCGGAGCUCCCUGGCUCGAACGCGUCAUCGUGUUCGUCGAUUUCGCUGCCGAAAUUUAUUCGUUUCCGCCUAGACCACCGUCGCCGUCGCCGCUUGAACUUCGUGAACGCUCACGUGUGGCAGCGUGAAGAACGGAUCCAGAAACUGGCAGACCGUAAAAGCGUUCGCCGGUGGUGGUGCACGCUCGAAUCUCGCGAACAAUCAUUCAUUUCCUUGCCCAAAUCGGAUUAGAUCGGAGAGAGGAAGACUCGAAUGAACAUGUUGUUUUCAGGGAGGAACGUCGGUUCGAAGUUCGAUCUGAAGCAGAUCCUUCUACGAAGGAUACCGAUCCUGGCAUGGCUGCCUCUGUACGGUUCGUCGAAAUUCCUGCAGGACGUUUUGGCAGGACUGACAGUCGGUUUGACCGCGAUACCGCAGGGUAUAGCUUACGCAAUAGUCGCCGGACUCCCAGCACAGUACGGCCUCUACAGCAGUUACAUGGGUUGCUUCGUCUACCUGGUGUUCGGCAGCUGCAAGGACAUCACGGUGGGACCUACGGCAAUCAUGGCUCUACUGUCGCAACAGCAUGUGAUGAGGCUCGGAGAUGACAUCGCGGUACUUCUGUGCUUUUUGUCGGGUUGCGUGAUCACGGUCAUGGGACUGCUCCAUUUAGGAUUCCUCGUGGAGUUCGUUAGCAUGCCGGUGAUCUCUGGAUUCACGAACGCGGCUGCCAUUAUAAUCGGCACCUCGCAGUUAGGCACGUUGCUCGGUUUGAGCGGCAGGAGCGACUCGUUCGUCGACGCGAUCGUUAAAGUUCUCGAUCACGUCAAUGAGAUCACCGCUUGGGAUCCACUGUUAGGAGUCUGUUCGAUGAUCGUCCUGGUCUGUUUGAAGAAACUGCCCGGGAAGAAGGCCGGGACGCCGUUCGAAAAAUUCUUAUGGGUAACGUCGCUGGCGAGGAACGCGGUGAUCGUCGUCGCUGGAAUUCUAUUGAGUUACACGUUGUCCCGUUACGACAUCAGACCGUUUAAAAUUACUGGCAAUAUUACGGAGGGUCUACCGCCGCUCGCACCACCUCCGUUCAGCGUCGUAAAGGGAAACCAUACGUACAAUUUCGUUGAGUCAGUCGUCGAACUCGGAAGCACCGUCGUCUCGGUUCCCCUGAUCGCUAUUUUGGAGAGUAUCGCUAUCGCCAAGGCUUUCGCUAAAGGGAAGACGGUAGACGCUAAUCAAGAGAUGCUCGCCCUGGGGCUGUGCAACGUUUUCGGUAGCUUUACCCGAUCGAUGCCAACAACCGGGAGCUUCACGAGGACCGCCGUGAACAACGCAUCGGGCGUAAAAACACCGAUGGGCGGCGUAAUCACCGGAUGCCUGGUGCUCUUGGCGUGCGGCCUUCUCACCUCCACUUUCGAGUUCAUCCCGAAAGCAACGCUGGCCGCGGUGAUCAUGGUUGCCAUGUACAACAUGCUCGAGCUUCGUAUUUUCACCGUGCUUUGGCGUACCAAAAAGAUUGACCUGAUACCUUUGACGGUGACUUUGUCGAGCUGCCUGGCGAUCGGUCCGGAAUACGGCAUGAUUGCCGGAAUCGUGGUAAAUCUGAUUCUCCUGCUCUAUUUCGCGGCCAGACCCGGAUUAUUGAUCGAGGAGCGAGUCGUCGAUGGCCUGACGAUCCUGUUCGUAUCGCCGAAACAGUCGCUGAGCUACCCGGCCGCAGAGUAUCUCCGCGAACGCAUCAUGUCCUGGGGCAACAACGGAUCGCGACAACGCAUCCCCGUGGUGGUGGAGGGCCGCCACGUCCUUCGGAUCGACGCGACCGUGGCGAAGAACCUCGCUCUGUUGUUGGCCGACUUGGAAGCCAGGGGACAGAAGCUCGUCUUCUGGAAUUGGUGCGAGGAGGCCAGGCGAACUCUGAUAAGUUACGACGCUACGCUUACGAUGUCCUUCCGAGCUUCCGGCAGUAUCGUUCAAAUAUUCUCAAGCAGAACGUUCCCAUCGCCGCACGUCUUGCGCGAGUGAAACUCUAAACGCAAUUUCCUUGGAACGCGGCCAAAGUUCAUGGUUCCCGGUUCGCGUUCGAACACAAAAUGCAUCGUCGCUCUUGGCGUGGAUCCGAUUCGUUUCGUUCGACGCUCGUAUGGACAAAGUCACGAGAACAAUUUCCGUACGAGGACCUCUACGGUACGUGAUGCGCAAUUACGUGAAGCUUGGCUUUCUUAAAAUUGGACAUGGAAAGAUCUGACGAUUUUAGACAUUAGACGAUACGAGAUCAGACACAUAACUUAUUUUGUUAAAGAUCAUUAAUUAUUGUUCGUCCGUCACAUCGCCGCUUGACACGAACUUGAAAAGA